CAGCUCCCCCCGCCCUCCCUCCCUCUCCGUGGUCGCUCCACUGACUGAAGACCGUCGGACGUAAAUAGUGUGGCGGUGGACCACUUUGCCUAAUAAUCGGAGCGCUUUUCGAGGCGCAAGUAUCUCCAUCACCACUUGAAGACCGGAGUUGAGGUGUCGAAUAAGCUUUGAGUUAUCCCCCCAAAAAAUCUCCACCAACGAUGGGGACAGGGGGUGCAGACGUCCGCCCAGGGCUGCACUUGUCUUUCGGUAUCUGGGUGAUGAUAGCCGCUCAUUGCCUCCACCACGCAAAGGCAGAAAUAAGUUGCGCGUCUUGCCCGUUGCCGGUUCAACUUCACCGGGAGGAAUUACCGCUCGUCGCGCGCGGUGGCGGCGGCGGAGCGACUCCGGGUCCGAGUCCUCUGCAUCAGAUCCGACUGGAGCUCCUAACGCAGACCGCCGUGACCGAUCGAAUUACUGGAUUAGACGAAGCGCGCAAACACGCUCGGUUUUCAACAGAUGUUCCCCGGAGCCCCGAAGACGCAACUUUGGACUUUGGAGUUGGCGCGGAGGAGGACGCCGCCUUGCCGCGUCGCUCCCGCGCAUCGGACCAAACUUUCGGCGGUGAUUUCAACGAGGAUCCGCCGGAGAGACGCGCCUCGUUUAUAGCGCUCCGGAGAGCAAGGAGGAGCGGCCCGGAGGUCCCCGAGUACCGCAAGAGCAGCCGGGAUGCUAGGGAUGGUUUGAGUGUGGAUUCUUUCGAGGGAAGAGGAGGAAAUUCUGGGCCAAAGUUGGACGGACAGAGAUCCGGGAGGGCAGAAGUCAAGUAUAGCCGAGACGAGGGCAGGGGCACCGGGCGGCAGGAUGAGCCGAAGCUGGCCAGCAGCACUUACGCACUGACGGGGGACUCUGCGCACAACCACGCGGUGGUUUACUGGUCAGGGAAGAACAGCAGCGUGAUUCUGAUCCUGACCAAGCUGUAUGACUUCCACAUUGGCAGUGUCACGGAGAGCACUCUGUGGAGGUCUACUGACUACGGAUCCACCUAUGAGAGAAUGAAUGACAAAGUAGGAUCCAAGACAGUGCUGAGUUACCUCUACAUCUGUCCGACUAACAAGAGAAAGAUCAUGGUGCUGACCGACCCGGAGUUUGAGAGCAGUGUUCUGGUGAGCUCUGAUGAGGGGGCCAGUUUCCAGAAGUACCGCCUCAGCUUCUAUAUCCUCAGCCUCCUCUUCCAUCCCACCCAGGAGGACUGGGCCUUAGCCUACAGCCACGACCAGAAGCUGUACAGCUCCAUGGACUUUGGGAGGAAAUGGCAGCUUGUUCACGAACACGUAACACCGAGCAGGUUCUACUGGUCUGUGUCAGGUCUUGAUAAGGAGCUGGAUCUUGUCCACAUGGAAGCUCACACGCCUGAUGGAAAUGUUCAGUAUGUCACAUGCAGGGCUCAGAUGUGCACGGAGAGCAACAGGAACUACCCCUUCCCGGGAUACGUUGACAUCAGCUCCCUGGUGGUCCAGGACGACUACAUGUUCAUCCAGGUUCCUACAUCCGGCCGGGCCAAGUACUACGUGUCCUAUAAGAGAGAUCCGUUCCUACAGAUCAAACUUCCCAAAUACUCCCUGCCUAAGGAUUUGCACAUUGUCAGCACUGAUGAGAAGCAGGUGUUUGCUGCGGUGCAGGAGUGGAACCAGAAUGACACCUAUAACCUUUACCUGUCUGACACCAGAGGGAUCUACUUCACCCUGGCCAUGGAGAAUGUCAAGACCACCCGUGGAAUUGGUGGAAACCAGAUGCUGGACCUGUAUGAGGUGGCUGGUGUGACCGGCAUGCUGAUCGCGAACAGGAGGCACGACAGCCAGGUGAAGACCUACAUCACCUACAACAAAGGAAGGGAGUGGAGGCUUCUGCAGGCGCCUUCCACGGACAUCGACGGAAAUGACAUCCACUGCAUACUGCCUUUCUGCUCACUUCAUCUGCAACUGCAAACGUCAGAGAACCCCUACUUGUCAGGAACAAUCUCCACCAAAGGCUCGGCGCCGGGAAUUAUAGUUGCCACAGGAAAUAUCGGGGCAGAGUUGUCCUACAACAACGUCGGUAUGUUUAUAUCAUCCGAUGCGGGCAACAGCUGGAGACAGAUCUUCGAAGAGGAGCAUAACGUGUGGUUCCUCGACAAAGGCGGAGCCCUCGUGGCGGUGAAACAGCCAUCAGUACCAACGAGACACUUAUGGAUCAGCUUCGACGAGGGCAGACAGUGGACCCGUCACAGCUUCUCCAUGGUGCCGCUGUUUGUGGACGGCGUGCUGGUGGAGGCCGGGGCGGAGAACCAGAUCAUGACAUUCUUUGGCCACUUCAGCCACCGGUCUGAGUGGCAGCUCAUUAAAAUCGACUACAAGUCGGUCUUCAGCAGGAGAUGUACUGAGGAAGAUUACCAAACUUGGCACCUGAAUAAUCAGGGAGAGCCGUGCGUGAUGGGGCAAAAACAGAUCUACAUGAAACGUAGGCCUGGGAACUACUGUAUGCUGGGAAGGGAUUACUCCAGAGUUCUCUCUACGGAGUCUUGUAUCUGCAAAGCACACGACUUUGAAUGUGAUUAUGGAUACGAGCGGAGGGGCGACGGGAACUGCAGGCCUGCCUUCUGGUUCAACCCUUACACCCUCUCCAAGAGUUGUAGCCAGGGGCAGAACUACUUCAACAGCACUGGGUACCGUAAGGUGGUGUCCAACAACUGCACCAAGGGGGUGAAGGAGAUGUACACGCCCAGGCGGCAGCAGUGUCCGAGCAGAGCCCCCCGGGGUCUGUCCCUGACCACCAAGGACGACAAGCUCACCGCACACCUGGGGACCAACGUCUCCUUCAAGGUGCACCUGGACGAGGGGGACUCCAUGAGGACCAACAUCCAGCUGGACUUCGGCGACGGCACGGCGGUUUCGUACUCCAACCUGAGCUGGACCGAGGAGGGCAUCCGGCACAUGUACAAGGCGGCCGGCAUAUUCCGCGUCACGGCUCUGGCGGAGAACUCGCUGGGAUUCGACACCACGACCCUCUACCUGCACGUCACGUGUCCAGUGGAGCAUGUGCAGCUGCUGGCGCCCUACGUGGCCAUCCGCCACCAGGAGGUGAACAUCACGGCCGUGGUCUGGCCCGGCCACUCCCGCACCGUCACCUACUUCUGGUGGCUGGACAACAACACCGAGCCGGUGAUAACGCUGGAAGGCAGCAUCUCGUACACCUUCCUCACCGAAGGCAUGCACACCGUCACGGUCCAAGUGUCUUCCUCCAACGCCAUUCUGCAGGACACCAGAACCGUGGCCGUCCAAGAAUUCUUCAAAUCGCUGCUUUUAUCUUUCUCGCCCAACCUGGACGAGUUCAACCCUGACGUCCCCGAGUGGAGGCUUGAUGUGGGCUGCGUCAUUAAGAAGUCUGUACUCCAGGUGCUGGAUUUCCCUGAAGAGCAGCUCCUGGUUGCCGUGUUCCCCGGUGUCCCCACAGCUGCCGAGCUCUUCCUGUUACCCAACAGGAACCAGUCGCUCUCCAAGAAGAACCACGAGGAGGAGCUGGAGAGGGUGUCGAAAAUCAUCGUCAGCGCGCUGAACCAGAACUUGGUGGAGUUUGAGCUGAAGCCGGGCAUCCGCGUCAUUGUUUACUUCACACAGUUAACGUUGGCACGACCAAAACGUGUGCUAUCUACCAAUCUCACAGCCCCCCUUGUGGACUCCAGCCCCAGACACAGCAGCUCGGCCAUGUUGAUGCUGCUGUCGGUGGUGCUGCUCGGACUGGCUGUGUUCCUCAUCUACAAGUUCAAGAGGAAAAUCCCUUGGAUAAACAUCUAUGCUGAGGUGAACCAGGAGAAAGAGCAAGAGAUGAUUGGCUCAGCAGGUCAGGGUGACAGCACACCCAAGAUCACCCUGAGCGAGUUCACCACAUCCAAAGAGCUUAUGGAGAAGGAGCUGGACGCAAGGAUCAAACGGGGUGUUGGGAAUUCCUGUGAGAACACAAGGGAGAUUCCUAACUGUACCAGUGUGUAAAGAUGGCUGGUAUGUGUGUACAGGACAAAUAAGAACGUGUUGGGGAUUCAUGUUUAUCUGUUUUGUAAUUCUCAAACACAAUUGUCAUUCAUCGUUUUUUUUUUGUUUUUUUUGAGGAACCCCAUUUAUACAAAUUUGCACGGGUGUCUUGUUAGGCAACAACCACGCUGUAACAUGGAAAACCCAUUCAAGGAGACCAACGUUCUCCUUGACAGAACCGAUCACGUUUUGUGGAUGUGUAAAAAGCUACGGAGAUGCAUUAUUUGCAUAAGUGAAAAAUCUCUUUGUUGCUUGAGCUGUUGUCUCAACCUGUCGAGAGAGUUAUGUGGAAGUCUGAUCUUAUAUUUCAAAGAUGGUUUCUGCCAAUAUAUACACACCAUGACGUCAGAGUCUUAACUAAAAACAUGGAAUAUUAUUAAAAUGUACAAUAUUAUCUUCUGUUCUCUUAUAUGUAUAUAGUAUAUGUAUAAUUCAUUUUCAGCUAGAUAUUAUUACGAGCAGACAGCAGGAGACUGUCCAUGGUCCGAUCACAAAUGUGUAAUUAAGCAGAGCUCGGUUUAUUUGGACAAGAAGGAUUUUAAUAUGUGCAUGUUCUUAUUGAGGACACUGCUCCUCUGCUGUACAUACGCAAGUGUUGUAAAUAGUUAUUUUUAAUCAUUCAUCAAAGGAGCCCUAUUCGUUUUACCUGGUUUUUCUAAAGUAUCUAUCCUUUGCAUUUGUAUUUCGCUAUCUGUCGGACUCAUGCCUUCAACAAAGGGUAGGCUAUAUGUGUAAUUACAGAUAUACCCGUUGGACAGAAUACCUGUUGUUUUACAUUUACUAGCAAUCAGGCCUACGAUAUGAACGUGAUCGAGGAACAAUUUAGAUUGUAUUAUUUAUUUAUUUUGCAUUUUUACGUGAAAGCAUUUGAACAUUGUACAUGCAGUCGAGUUUUUAUGCUCUGUGACCAUUAUUAUUUCUAUGACAGCUACAGGUACAUUUGCCCUUUGAAAUGAUGGUAUUUAUUCCAAAGUCACAAAAUAAAUUAUGGGUUUGUACUACCUAGAGAGAUUUUAGUUACUAAUGAUCAACGUGUGAAGCAUUUAAUAUGUAAAUUUACUUUUGCAAGGUUUCCGAAAAUCUCGCUCCUUGUCUGAACAACUAAUCAUGCAAGGCAUGAUUAAUAAGCUAACGUUAAUUCCAUUGUUUGUAUAUGGUUGUUUAUAGUUUUUUUAGAUUAAAGUUUAUAGUAUAGUCAUAGAUCCAUUUCAUGAUAAGCCUGUUACAGACAAUGUAGGUUUGUCGAUUAUUGCUAGCUAUAGCCUCAGGUCAAAGUUACUUCAUGUAAAUGACUAUAGCGUCGAUAGCAUCAGGCUUUAAUCCUGCCCUAUCGAAUCAAUCUUACAACCUUGCCACCGCCUCUGGAAGUUCCAUGUUCUCCUUCCCUCUUGCUCCUCCUUCUCUGGUGCUCGAGGUGCGAUGAGUUCAUGAGUGAACAUAGUGCACUAGUGUUUCCUCUGAAAAUGAAUGUAUGAGAAGCCAUCCUACUGGAAAAGGACCGAUAUCCAUCUCCCAGGGGGUUUAGCAGUAGUUAAAGUGUUUUUACUGCAGGUCAGAAGUAGACUGGGGUACUUCUUUAGUGAGCGGGAACUGAGCUAAACCACUACAAAUGAAUGUCGCAGUGCUCUGAUAUGCACCGUUUAUAGUGUAAAUACUUAUGAUCAAAUGGCCGUUGAUUUGAAACCUCUUGUCCUGUUUUUGAACCUAUGUCAUUAGAACCGUUUCACCUGCUGUUCACUGAAUGCAUUAUUCAUUAUGAAUAACAUAAUAUUUAGGGUUUGAUCAUUGGUAAUUGCAAUCCCUUGUGGUAAAGUAUGUGACAUCAUGCAUUUUCUGGUAUAAAUAAGAAAUGUAUAUUCCUGUUUCAAAGGGCAAAUCAAAGUUAUCAAAUUUAUUGCACAAAAUCUGCAUGACUCAUCGGUGAUGUUCUGUUUAUUCAUUAUUAGAAUAUUUCUACAAAAACCUCUGUCCUUUUGUUUCAAAUUGUUUCCAAUAAAUGUAUUUUUGUACAUCAAGUAAUUUUCUUCUCCGGGCAUUGACAUUUUUAUAAACUGUUGAACGUACAAA